AUACUCUCAAACUUCAUGAAGAAAAUGGAGAUAUUAUUACCACUAUGCAUUUGCCUGUCUUUUUUCAUAACAUCUUGUGUUGGUUUUCAAAUUCAGCUGCAAUCAUCAUCUCAUACUCAACAAGCAGUUAUUAGUACUGUUGAUGGAUUGCAUUUUCAUCCUUCACUUCCAAGAAAGCUCAGGCUGCUCCUUGCUCCUCAUGACCCACCAAUUUAUGUUCAAGCUCAAGUUCAUCCCAUUUCAAACAAUAACCACCAAAAACAUUUAUCAGGAACAAGGCAAGAAUGGGUGGAGCGGGCAGACACGUCGGAGUUUUUCACGAUGGAUUAUUCCCGAGUUCGGAGAAGACGUCCUAUACAUAACAAAUCCUUGCCGGCUGCUCCAUGAAGAAAUGUUAGAAGUUAGAACAACAAUUUUGCAUGUUUUCUUGUAUGUAUUUAGGAGAAUCAGGAAUAUGUUUUAUUUUUUAACUAUAUGUUAUGUUUGUAAUGGCCGACAUUAUAUUAUGCAUGGACCAUAGCCCUUGUAUUACUAUUAUGUAACAAAUUACUAUAAUCUUAGCUAGCCUAUGUUUCGAAGUAUAA